CAUCUGAAUUCAUUCACUAACUUGAUGAUCUUUGUGUUUUGUUGAGAUAUUUUACAGCAGCACUUCACCGCUUCUUUUUUAGCAGAUAUGACGGCGGUUUGUCCUUCCUUAUCAUCGUUUGCGCUGAGACCUAGGAUACUUUCUGCUGUAGUGCAGACCGUCCGUCAUUCCCACGCAUUGUGGUUUCCAGAUGCAAAGUUCCGUCACGAGUUUAAAAAGGCAAGUGUGAUCGGCCAAGUUUGGGCAGCAAAGGCGACUGAAUAUGAGAGACAUGUUGGAACGAGCAACAUAUUAGAAGAUUUUCACAAAAGACCUGUUAUGUCAGAUAUUACAGAAUUUCAUGAAAAGCCGCUGCAUUAUUAUCUUUUGAAUUUUGGUCCUCAACAUCCAGCAGCUCAUGGUGUACUGCGACUGAUUUUAGAGUUAGAUAAUGAAGUGGUUAUGAAGGCAACACCUCACGUUGGGUUAUUGCAUCGUGCAACAGAAAAAUUGAUUGAAUACAAGACAUACACCCAAGCUGUUCCAUAUUUUGAUCGUUUGGAUUAUAUCACGAUGCUCACAAAUGAACAAGGCUUUGCACUAGCUGUUGAAAAGUUGUUGGGAAUUGAAAUACCUCCUCGAGCUAAGUGGAUUCGCACAUUAUUUGCUGAACUAAAUCGUCUUGCAAAUCACGCGUUUAGUAUUGUGACACAUGCACUCGAUAUUGGUGCUAUGACGCCUUUAUUCUGGAUGUUUGAAGAACGGGAAAAGCUGUUUGAAUUUAAUGAGAGAGUCUCAGGAGCAAGGAUGCAUGUGAAUUACAUAAGGCCAGGUGGAGUGGGGUGGGACUUACCACUGGGUCUGCUAGACGACAUAUAUGAUUGGGCUAUCCAGUUUCCACAGCGCAUCGAUACGAUGGAAGACAUGCUUACUGAUAAUCGACUUUGGAAGAGUCGUACACGUGAUAUUGGUUUGAUAUCAGCAGCUGAUGCACAAAGUUUGGGUUUCUCGGGGGUUAUGUUACGAGGAUCUGGAGUUAAGUACGAUGUAAGGAAGGCGCAACCUUAUGAAGCGUACGAUCAGAUCGAGUUCGAUAUUCCUGUCGGAACAAAGGGCGACUGUUAUGAUCGGUACUUAUGUCGGCUGGAAGAAAUGCGUCAAAGUCUAAAGAUCGUACUGGAUUGUCUGAACAAAAUGCCUUCUGGAGAAAUUAAGGUGGAUGAUCACAAAAUUGUGCCACCGAAACGAGCAGAAAUGAAGAACAGCAUGGAGUCGCUCAUACAUCAUUUUAAAUUCUUCUCUGAAGGCUAUCAAGUACCAUCGGGCAGCUGUUAUGUUCCCAUAGAAGCCCCGAACGGUGAGUACGGCACUUAUGUAGUUGCAGAUGGGACAUCAAAGCCGUAUCGGUGCUUUAUCCGAGGGCCUGGAUUUGCACAUUUGGCUGGUUUACACGAUUUAACGUAUAUGAGUUUAAUUUCUGAUGUAGUCGCAGUCAUUGGUACAAUGGAUAUUGUUUUUGGUGAGGUGGAUCGCUGA